AACCUGUCCUUUGUGGACAUCUGUGUCACCUCCACAACCGUCCCCAAGAUGCUGUGGAACAUCCAGACUCAGAGCAAAGUCAUAACCUAUGUGGACUGCAUCACACAGAUGAACUUUUUCUUAAUCUUUUCAGGACUGGACCUCUCUCUCUUGACCAUAAUGGCCUAUGACAGGUUUGUGGCCAUCUGUCACCCCUUGCACUACAUGGUCAUCAUGAACCCCCGGCUCUGUGGACUGCUGGUCCUGGUGUCCUGGGUCCUGACUGUCUCGCAUUCCUUGUUACAAACCUCAAUGGUGUUGAGGCUGUCCUUCUGUACAGAGGUGGAAAUCCCCCACUUUUUUUGUGAACUCGACCGGAUGAUCCAACUUGCCUGUUCUGACACCUUUCUGAAUAACUUGGUGAUAUAUCUUGCAGCUAUGCUGUUGGCUGGCGGUCCCUUCAUUGGGAUCCUUUAUUCUUACUCCCAGAUAGUUUUCUGCAUAUGUAGAAUCUCAUCAGCUCAGGGCAAGUACAAAGCAUUUUCCACCUGUGCGUCUCACCUCUCAGUUGUCUCCCUAUUUUACUGUACUGGCCUAGGAGUGUACUUUAGCUCUGCUGAUGCCCAGAGCUCACACUCAAGUGCAACAGCAUCAGUGAUGUACACGGUGGUCACGCCCAUGCUGAACCCCUUCAUCUACAGCCUGAGGAACAGAGACAUAAAGGAGGCUCUGAUGAGACUCUCUGAGAUGGCAGCUAUAAAAGUUCCAAUUUUCCCGGGGUUGAAAAAUACCCCAUGA